AUGCCUGUCUGGCCUAUCCUCGGCGAUGUCUUUAAUGACCUUUCUCCACCCAGUAGUCCAGAUUCUAACAGCGAGCGUCAUCCUAAUUCUCUCCUCACCGUCCCAGACAUCGACCGCAAUGGUUGUCUUGCCACUUGGAAUCCCAUUAAUGUCAGCUCAAUUGCUACUCCAUUUAUUCUCCCGACACCGCAACGCAGUCUCGUUUUCGUUUUCCCCGGUUCUGCGUUCAAUUGCUUGCUUGGUUGCUUGACGACUCUAGAGCUUUGGACGUCCUACACGAUUCAGUUUGGUGAUUUCCAAACACUUUGCUCCCAGGUCCCGUCAUACACCUGGUCCAAUCUCUUUUGUCGCCAGUUACAAACAAAUGAUGCAAGGGUCUUGACCGGUCUAUCUCAAUUCGCCGCCUCCGCCUGGCGCUUUGAUUCACUUCACUGGGAGGCGCAAAGCAGCAGCGGGCCCACGGAUGUUCUUCGUCUCUUAACUCUUCCCUUCCAGUCAACUACAUCCGGGUCCUCGCUUAUCCAGGGCUCAGCUGCCUUGGUUUGGCUUACUGCCAUCGAGGCUGGUCUCGUGGCUAGAUUAUCUGAUGGACUACCGAAUAACGCUCAAAAGAAGUCCCUUGCUCACAAUUUUAUCAAGUGGGAUUCAUUGACGGCUCAAGCGGCGCAGAAUAUGGAUGUCCUAAGCAACCUUGAUAAUAUCAAAAUUUUAUCUAAUGUCCUCAAGACAAACGUGUCUGCCUGUGCAUCUAUUGGCAGCUUCUACCUGCCUCAGGUGGGGCGGGUCAUGUUGGGUCUGUACAAGGCAGUCAGCGGCAUCAUCAGCGAGACGGUAGCUCGGGAAGCUAACCCCCAAUCAUUAGGGACCAUUGCCACUAAGACGCCAAAGAUACGGCGGUUGCGCACCGUUAAGAAGGAGAUCUUGAAACUGAUGGAGCGGUAUAUCAAGAAGGCUGAGGAUCUUGACAUUCAAAUAUAUAUUUACAUGUGA